AUGAAUCCUCGUAGACCCUUAGCAAAAAUGUUAGCCUUGUUUCAUGUUCUAAACGUUGAUGGUCUCAUUCGACGACAUGGAAAUGCUGCAUUUCUGUCAACCUCGACCGGCUCCGCCAAGACGACAAGCCGAACGCUCCCACUCGCUAUCGAGGUGGAGCGGGCACAGGCUGCCUUGGAUGAAGCGGGAAAUGAGGGAGACCGAGCCGUGCGAUCAGCCGAUACUGUGGGAGCGGUCCUGCGGAUUGGACGGAGUCUAAAACUGCUCGCAGCAGAUGAGAAAGCUGCAAGUACAGCUGCAAUGAGAGCCAAACGAGAAGCAGAGCUGUCGGAUGCGAUCCUCAAUGAGGUUUCUGGAAAUGAAAAGCCAAAGGAAUAUUUGGGUAUUUCUAUUUUGUUGAUGAAAGUUCAAAAUUGCAAUUCCUGCGAUUAAUAGGAACCGCAUACGAGGGACCAGGAACAAUUCUUGCGAUUAUACACCACAUUUAGUAUAUCGCAGACGGCGUUACUCUUACUUGCCAUAGCACUUGUACAUCAUUGAUUAAUUCCCAUAUGUAUCAUGUUCUGAUUGAACAUCAAAAUCAUUCAAGGUGAAACUGAGGCCACUGCUGCUAAGCUGAAAGGUGACGCAGAUGAGUUAGUCGCUUCUGCCGCAAACAGUGCUGCCUCUGUUGUUACGGCGAAAGAAGAAUUAAGGCUCCCUUUUUUGAUAAAAUGCUUUGUGGUGCCUGUCUUUCUAGCUACGUGGCUUUCUUAGUACGUUGUUUAUGCUAAUGCUUGAUGCAGUUACUCAAAAGCUCAAAGCAGGUUCAAUUCUUUCUUCGGAGGAUUACACUUCCAAGCUCACCAACCAUAGAGAAGUACUCGUACUUCUAAGCUCACCAACCAUUGAGGAGUACACGAACUGGCAGUUCGCAGCCCAACACCCUCUGCAGCGCGACGCCGCUCGUGCAGGGUUUGAUGCCGCGAAGCCGUAUCGCGAUGCCCAAGGGAAAGUCGCCGCAGCAGUGGCAACACUCAGAGAAGGUGCCGCUGCAGCGGACAAUGAGGCGUUUUUACGAAGGGAACAAGCAGAGAGCUUGGGGAAAACUGCGGAAGUCAGUACUACUACUAUUCUGAAUCUCUUCGUCGUCGCCUUUCACUAUGUAUAUACCUAGUGGUCAUGAUAGUUGUAAAACAAAAAAAACAAACUACUGCUCUUGGGUUUUUACGAGAUACUAGUCGUGAUAAAGAAGAUUAAGAUCUCUCUAAUACGACGCUCACUCAGGACCCGACCCCUGGUUACGCAGCCAAGACGUGAUGCAGGUCCAGUCCUUACAGGCACAGGCGAACGCCCUUUCAGUGCGCGCUUCCGAGAUGGCGAAGAAAGCUGACGGGUUUGCUGCCAUGCUCCCACGAUACGAUCUGGCGGUGGAAUAUGUAACGGCGCAAGCAGCGCAGAAAAUCGAUCCUUCGUUAAGGCUAAAGAAGAAGAAGAAAAAGAAGAAGAAUGGAUCAUCACUGAGCUUAAUUAGUUUUAGCAGAUAGGAGGACAUUUCUUGAUGAUAAUUGCCCUUUUCUCUUUUUUCUCUUCCUCGUCUGGUCUUUCUUUUUUCUACUUAGGUCGGCUCCACCACAACGAUAAAAAGUUGGUGCGAAUUUUUCAGGUAGGUCCCACGGUAAUAAGAUCUUCAAUUUACGUUUGUGUUGGUGUCUUUCAAUCAUCGUAGGGGAAACUGCAACUCAGUAACAACCUGCCACCUCUAAUUUCCGUGGUGAUGCCGCCAUAUACGGAACCGCUUCCGCCGCUGGAGCCAGAGGGUUUGCCUGUAGAGGCCAUGAUGUUGUAG